GCAACAGCCGUGUCUGCUCGUGCACAUGCGCAGUACGCGCGUGGAGCCUGGGUGCUGAUGCUGAUUCAGGAUGCGGCUGAAGAGAGACGGAGGCUGAUGUGAAAAUGCUGCAGCGUCGAGCAGGACACAAUGAUCCGUGUUCCUCAAACAUCUCGCUUUGAAUCCCUCCUGCGGCCAGAGAAGAGCAGGUGAAUGGCAGGAUUGUGUGAAGAUCUGGACGGCUGAUGCAGCGUGUAGGAGUCGACUGUGACGAAAACAUGAACGGUGCAGGAGAGCAGGUGGACAUCCUGCCCCAAAACUGCAUGGUCAAAGAGCGCUGGAAAGUGUUAAAGAAGAUUGGAGGUGGGGGAUUUGGUGAGAUCUAUGAAGCGUUGGACUUGUUGACUCGGGAGAACGUGGCUCUGAAGGUGGAGUCAGCACAGCAACCCAAACAAGUGCUGAAGAUGGAGGUGGCAGUGCUGAAGAAACUACAGGGGAAAAAUCACGUGUGUAAGUUUAUCGGCUGUGGAAGAAACGAGAAGUUCAAUUAUGUGGUCAUGCAGCUGCAGGGGAGGAACCUUGCUGAUUUGAGACGCAGCCAGCCUCAUGGAACCUUCUCCUUGAGUACCACGCUGCGUUUAGGGAAACAGAUCCUGGAGGCCAUCGAAGCUAUUCACUCUGUCGGCUUCCUGCACCGAGACAUCAAACCUUCGAACUUUGCCAUGGGUCGGCUGCCGUCUACGUACAGGAAGUGCUACAUGCUGGACUUCGGGCUCGCUCGUCAGUACACUAACACUAAUGGGGAAGUGCGACCUCCGAGGACUGUGGCAGGAUUUCGGGGAACGGUGCGUUACGCUUCAGUCAACGCUCACAAGAACAAAGAAAUGGGACGUCAUGACGAUCUGUGGUCCUUGUUCUACAUGCUGGUGGAGUUUACAGUGGGACAGUUACCAUGGAGGAAGAUCAAAGACAAAGAGCAGGUUGGUCAGAUUAAAGAGCGUUAUGAACACAAGAUGCUGUUGAAGCACAUGCCAUCUGAGUUUUAUAUUUUUCUGGACCAUGUGAUCAGCCUGGAUUAUUACACCAAACCUGAUUACCAGUUGUUGAUGUCAGUAUUUGAGAACAGCUUGAAGAAGAAAGUGAUCACAGAAAACGAGCCGUUUGAUUGGGAGAAAUCAGGAACUGAUUUGGCGUCAAACAGCAUGGCCACGCCUCCUCAACAAAACACACGGCAGACUGCAGCGAUAGUUGGCGUGGUGAAUGUGACGCCAGUUCCUGGAGAGUUAGCGAGGGAGAACACGGAUGAGGUGCUUCAGGACGAGCACCUGAGUGAUCAGGAAAAUGCCCCGCCCGCACCGUUACCCAUAAGGCCUGGCGAGGUGGCUCUGGUGCCCCCUGGUGGAGAGGCAUGGGAUGACACUGACUUCAAUCGCAACAAACUCAGGAUCAGCAUCAGUAAGACCCAGGUAACUGCAGAGGAGGAGGAGCAAGUGGAAGGGGCGGAGCAUGUUUCUUCAAGACCCGGUGACCAAGAAUCCGCUGGGGCUCAAAUACCACCCCUCAGGUAUCGACGAAUCAACAGCCCUGAAUCUGAUCACCUGACCGGAGCAGAUGGGAAGGCAGACUGCUGUGACAGACGGUCCCGCAUGGACAUGGUCGGCUCUCCGUCUCGCUUUGUCUUGUCCUCUCAGCCGGCUCAGAUGUUCUCUGUGGACGGAGGGCACGAGGCUCACAGUAACGCCUUCAUCCGCUCUGUGCCACUGGCUGAGGAAGAGGAUUUUGACAGCCGUGAGUGGGUGAUGAUUGACAAGGAGGCGGAGCUUCGCGACUUCCAACCAACCACAUCAGGAACCACAGAUGAUGAACCGGAGGAGCUCCGCCCCCUAGAGGACCAUGAAGAAUUAAGGAGGAGACGGGGUGAUCGAGGCAACGAGGUUGUGGUUCGGCCCAAAACACAACGUGGGGCGAUGGGAUUGGCUGCAGGGGAGGAUGAGGCGGGACCAAGUCAACGCCGAAGGGAGUCAGAAACAUUCGGGCCACACAGACAGGAGCCUCUGGAGGAGUCAAAGGUAAAGCGAGUUGACUUCUUGUCCACGGUUCUGAUGUUUGAUGCUCAGAGAGAAACCUCACGACAUUCAGGAAGUGAUGGAAGCCCAGAUGGUGCUGCCUCCACAUUGCUGGCUCCGCCUACUCGUGACCAAGAUCAGGAAGAAGCGUCCCGCACGUUGGUGCUCAUAUCCGCUGGUAAUGGGGCCAUUUCCCCUGGCGACGGUCAGGGCACAUUAGGGGCGGUGACACCACAGGCUCCCGACGAAUCAGAACGCGGAACUCUUGCGUUCAUGUUCAGGCCUGCUGCUAUGGUAACAAGUGCUGUAGUAACAGCUGGGCGCUCUUCAUCACCUCCACUGGCAAAGGUGGAGCGAACAUUCGUGCACAUUGCAGAGACAUCACACCGCAUCGUCAUGACAACAGGGAAACAGUCAGAGAGACAUUGUGAGGAAGAGGAGGAAUUGGUGGAGGAGAGGAAGGAUGGAAGCAUGGGAGAAGACAAAGGAAGCAGCAAGGAGGAGAUCAUCUGGGAAAGAGCAGAGAGACCAGGAGAAAACAGUGAAGAGGGGAAGGAAGAGAAGAAGGAAGUGGAAGAGAAGGACAAAGAGCCUUGGCUUUUGAGGAAAAAGAUGAUUGAUCUCAAGGAAAAAGAAGGAGGCAGUGGAAGCGAUGAGAGAGAGAAAGAUAAACAGAUAGAAAAAGAAAAACGCAGUCCUACAGUGGAGGCAGAGCCAGAGUCAUCAGCUGAGGCAGCUUUCUUCAAUGGCUGUGAAGAAACCAUAGAGGUGGAUGAGCGAGAGAAACCUGGAGAGCUGCCAGUGGAACAGGAACAGAACCAAGAAGAAGCAGGUCUUGUUCUAGUCCCUGACCCGGGGAAGGAGGAGGAGCUAGACCAGGAAGUUUCAUCACCUCAGCCUCAUCCACGGAGGCGGAGUCGAAUCCCAGUGCUCAUUUCAGAAGAGGAAACGGGUUCGGACCGGUCGUCACAAACCAGUCCAAACCAGCAGGUGCGUAAAUGCCGAUGCCCACAACUGGCCCGACUCGUCCUGGAGCGUAAACGAUCCACUCAAUCAACAACCGCCUCCGAGGACGAAACUCACCAAUCAGAUGACUCGGCCAGGGCAAGGGGAGCAAACGGACCAAUAAGGAGCCGGAUCCCACGGCCAGUCACACCCAUUAAGAAGCCAUUUGUCCAAUCAGGGCGUGGGGUUGUGCCUCAGACUCAGAGAUCCAUCUCCUUUAUUCAGGCCAGUUCUGUUAGCUCCAGCAUCAUUAAGUCAGCAAGUGCUCACUCAAGUAUCCAUCAGCAGAAGCCCCGCCCACAGCUCCGCCCCUCCAAAACACUCCCACCCCGUCCCCUGACUCCAGCCCCUACAGUCCACAGACCCUGGGUCCCAGGCCCCGCCCCUUCAUCUGCUCCGCGGACAUCCCAGCGAGCCGUCUCCCAGCCCGGUGUUCCUCCUGCCCUCCGCAGCGUGAGCUCUGCCCCUCGCAGUAACUCCCGUGCGGAAAGCCCCUCCCCACAACGCUUCCGCCCUGCUAACACACGCCCUCUUUCAACAACACAGCCUAAAUCCACAGCCCUGGACUCCGCCCACAAAAAGGGCAAAUCUUACCCGACGGCAGUGCAAAAAGGGAAAAGGGAGUCAUGUGACCCAAAAUAUAAAAGCAGAUAAUUACUGUAAAUGUAAAUCCACAAGCAUCUCACCUUCGACUCCACUCCACUCUCCUCAUCCUCUUCCUCUUCCUCAUUAAUGACAUGCCUACGAUGGUCACCCUCACUUACCUGUACACUUCCAUCAAAAAGUCUGAGUCCAACACUAACCUUCUUCACUUCCUGAUUUACUUACACACUCCUCACUACAUCACUGCUGGGGUUCAUAUUCAGAUUUGUACCAUCACCUCAGAGGUGUUCACUGAGUAUAACAGCUUAACUGAGACACGCCCUGUUUUAGACAAACUCCGCCCCCAUGUGUGUAAAUCCCACCAACCUUCUGUAGUGAGAUACAGGAUGAUUUAGAUUUCAGUGAACUGUUAAAGUGCUCGUGUUCGUCGACUCAGACUUUUAGACCUGACUGUGUGAUACACAUCUGUUUCUCACUAAACACAACAGACACAUUCAUAUUUCAGCUAUUUAAAUACCUCUGAACAGGACACACACACACACACACACACACACACACACACACACACACACACACACACAGUAUGAUGCUCUGGUGGAGUGGGUCUUAUGGACAAUAUAACACACCUCACCUCACCUGCCUUAACAAAGCCUGUGGAGAGAUACCAUCGCACAACACACACACACACACACACACACACACACACACACACACACACACACACACACACACACACACACACACAAUGCUACAAUCCACACACAUCCUUAAAGAAUCGCACAACUGAGUGAGCUCCAUGAUUAAUUCACUGGACUUGUGUGAUAUCACUUGCUGCUUUGCUUGCCAUUUUACUCUAAUACACACACACAUAAGUACACACACACAUACACACACACAUACAAACACACAAACACACACACACAUAUACACACACAGAGGAGUGUUCAUGUACAUGUUUAUGGAAUAAUGGAUUAUGAGAGGUUUAAAUUGGGAUUUGCAACAGGGCACAAAACUGUAGACAGUUGAGCUACAUCAAUAAUAAUAAUAAUAAUAAUAAUAAUAAUAAUAAUAAUAAUAAUAAUAAUAAUAAUAAUAAUUCUCAUGUCUCAAGCACAAGUUUGUAAAAAAAAUCUGUAACAAAUAUUUUAUUUUGAUGUUAAACCCACAGCCUGAUGACAGAAGUAAACCAGCACAAUGAGCUCACUGUCAGAAGAACAUUCUCAGAGCUUCUGUGGAUCAUUAACACUUCUGUUCUGAUGGGAAACGCUCUGUUUUAGGAUCCUGCAGAGAACAUUGUCACGUUCCCCAGAAGAACAAACUGAUUUAUAUUUCCAGAUUUCUUUUUUUUUUAUUAUUCUUUAAAAAAACAGAAUAAUAAUCUGCAUCUAAUUAUUAUUAUUAUUAUUAUUAUUAUUAUUAUUAUUAUUAUUAUUAUUAUUAUUAAUACAUGAUGAGUGUUUCUCUGUAUGUUCCGUGCUGGUGCUCCUCCAUCAGGCCUUUACAACUCACUGAUCUGCAGCUCUUUAUUAGUUUAGUGUGAUGUCUCACAUCAUCCAUCAGUCAGGUGACAGACGCUCAGCUGUCAUUAAGUCUGAGUGAGAAAGUUCAUCUGGAACUUUACAUUUAUUUAAAUAUUUUAUUGUAACUUAUUAUUCUUUAUAUCUUCUCCAGACGGCUCCAUCAUCAUCAGCUGAUAUCAAAACACAUCUCUUAUAGAUUUCAUUAAAAUCUCACUUUAUUUUUAUUUACUGAAGAACACAAAAUGUGUGUACAUUAUAAAUAUAAUAAAUAUAAUAUUACAUUAAACAUGUUCCUUAUCCGUUCCUUAGAUAAUGGUGUAAUAACACAAGGGUGCACAAACUUUUCACCCAGAUGAAUGUUAUAAAGUUCCUCACUGUUGUAAACACUAAGUAUUUCAGCAUAUUGUGUGAAACAGUGAACAGGCAGAAAUCCGUCUCUCCGUGUCACUAAACUCAGACAUGAUCACAAUCCUGCUUCAUUUCGCUGAUUAUAUUUAAUACAGACACAAAUAAUCUGCUGCUGUGUUAAAGUACAGACCGAAUAAUCACUUCUCCGUCUGUCCUGAAGCUCCUGAAGCUCUGUGAACAUGUUCUACACCUUUACUGCCAAUACAUACAGUGUUAAAAUGAUGAAAGUGAAUACAGAUAAAACUUCUGCAGCGCUCAUGGAGGUGUUAUAAAGGCCUUAUGUAGGUGCAUUUCACAUACAGAUAAAAGUUUCUUUUUUUUAUUUCAGUUUAUACACCUGAGCAAUUAAGGGUUAAGGGCCUUGCUCAGGGGCCCUGCAGUGGCAACUUGGUAGACUGGGAUUCGAACCAAUGACCUUCCAAUCAGUAGUCAAAACCUUAACCACAUUCUCAUGUAGACCCCUGAAUUAUUCUAUAAACAUGUCAUAAGUGUUAUAGCACGAUGAAACUCUCAAAACAGCUCAAAGACAAAACUACUGAACUUUAUCAUCAUCAUCACGCAGUGUCUGUUACUACAACCUGCAUUCAGGGAGAAUAACACACACACACAUGAACACAUACACACACACGAACACAUGCACACACAAACACACACACACGAACACAUGCACACACACAUACAUACACACACACAAACACACAUACACCCACACACGAACACAUGCACACAUACACACACACAUACAUGCACACAUACAUGCACACGAACACAUACAAGCAUGCACACACACACAUACACACACACACAAACACACACACACAAAUCCCUUAAAUGGGGGCUUUAAGUCUUUGACCUUAAUUCAGCCCAAUUUGGAAGCCCUUACAGUGAAAUUCUCUCAACUGAAGUGACGUGAACCCAGAAUCAGAACGUCUGAGGAACCGAGUCUCUCUCUGGACCAGACAUGUGCUGAUAUUAAACCUCAUGAUUAUUACUGAACUUUUAUUACAGGUUUGAAUUAUAUCCUGAAAUAUAAUGAACAGCUGACAGAAAAGUCUUACACAAUAUUUAUCCAUCAUGAUGAUGAUGAUGACGAUGACGAUGAUGAGUUAAAUAUCUCAGGACAGAUCUGUAGUGUUCCUGAUACUCAGCACAUGGCUGCACUCCUAAAUUAACUCUCGCCCUCAAACCUAUUACUCACUAAUGCCCUUAUAUAGUCUCCUUUAAGCCCCGCCCUUUAUCCAUAAAGCUCUAUCUUAUUUCCCCACUUAUUAACGCCCCCUCUGAUUGGUCGAUAGUGCCCGACUCCUCCCUCUUGGCAUGCCUUUGAAAAUGCUCGUUCUGCUCCUUCUGUUAUCAUCUGUUGAAAAUAUGUAGAUAAUACACGCACUUUUCAAGACAAAUUUAUAUUUAUUUUUGUUUACGAAAGGAUGAAAAGGCUGUAAUAUAACAAUAAGAAAAUACUGUUAAUUUUUGUCUGUUUUUGUUAUAAAGUACUUAUUAAAUGUCAGUCAGAUGUUAGUGCUGAGCUUCAGGUGUGAAGUUCAGAGCUGAAGGAGAUAAAGUGAAGGAAGUGUGAAGGUUUUCUCUAUUAAAACUGCAAUAGAGAAAUGAACUAAACUCCACAUUCUGUUGAUAUGAUGAUGAUGAUGAUGAUGAUGAUGAUGAUGAUGAUGAAGGCACUUGUCCGUACUGAGCGAUGCGAUGCAGCACACGUGUCCUGAACAUGUACAACACAUUUCUUUGACGUUAUAUUAAAUCUCGUUAGACGUUCCUGGGGUUUUGCUGCAGAACAUUUGCAUGCUGUAGGACUUGAGUGGAACACGGAGAAUAAUCCCAGAAGGCAGAAUGAAGGCGGGACGACGUUCUCACUUUAAACAUCUCCUUUAUGUUUCCACCACGAGGGAAUCCUGCAUGCGUGUGAUGUUCAUCAUUUAACGCUUCUCUUCUUCCUCAUUUCUGAUGAGUUUCCCAAUGAUCAGCGAUGCCUAUUAAUAAACAGGAGCCACAGCAGUGUUCUGA